CAAGAUUCGAAAUAUUUGCUAGUUAGGUACUCAUCUGUGGUUUUGAGGAAUUUGAAGAUAUUGAAUUAUGAUUUUGACACAUACAACGUUCCUAAACAGGCAGAUUCAUUUUUGUCUUUUUUCAAAAUAUCGCGCAAAGCAGAGUUUAUACAUAUACUCCACUUCUUAUUUCGGACUCUAGACCCUGUGAAAUAUGACACGGAGUUAAGGGCGUUUCUAGGGCCUAAAUCUGAUGUUGGGUUCAAGAAUGCGACUUACCGUUGGUUACGCAUUUUGUCAGCUGAGGUGCGUUUAUUUCCAUUUAACGUAGGUAGUUUCCUAAAGUGAUCUCCAACUUUUUCGCCACUUGGGGUUUCCCUGCUGGUAUUGGCGUUGUGCGUCUUCUGGCUAAUCUAUCUUCUUAUGUCUUAGUAAUUUCAAACGACAUGUUAUCCUUCAACAAACAAAUCAUGGAAAAUGACCCUAACUGUGAAUGGGUGUCAUUCAACUCUAUAGGAAUUGUUCAGCGCAAUCUAAAACAUUCACUUUCCCACAUUAUUUCGGAAGAUCUGCUCCAAAGGGAACUUCAAAAAGGAUCUGAAGCUCUGGAUGUUGAAGUUCAGCAUGCAUCAGAAGAAAUUUUGAAAUUCAAGCAGCUCAUUGUUUCAGAUUCCGAUUUACGAAAUAAUAUGAACGAUACCCAAUUGUUUUCUCUUUGUUCUGAUAAAACCAUUGGACUCCCGGAUGAACUAAUUGCUUAUCAAUUGGAGUUAACAAAAAAAGUAUCCACUUUGAAACAACAAAUUAAAACCUACUUAGACAGACACAAGCCGUCUUUACUGCAGUUUAACAAUAUACUGGAUAGUUUAAAUGAUCAUAAACCGUUUACUCUAAAUGGUUCCAAGAUGAGAUUUCUACAGUCAGGAAACAUAUUGUCAUCAUAUUUAAAUGACGAUACCAAGGAAGAACCAAAACAAAUAGAUGGCAAAUUAAAUUUUCAUUCAUUUCUGCGCCAUUCAAUGAUGCUUUUACAAAUGGCUUUCAAAUCUUACAAUCCUUGUUUUACAAAUGAUAAAUUUCAAGAAUUAUCUUCUUCACAAUAUAGUUCAUUCAAUCAAAAUAGUUCAUCAGAUUGUCUUACUGUAUUUAAACAAGCUGUUGGUCAGUUUUACUCUCAAACAUCUAUCGAUUCUAAUUUUUCAACACAUUCUGAGAAGGAACUCUGUCAGUUAAUGAAAGAAAUGCGUAGUACUAUUGAUAAAUUACAAUUGGAACUAAAGGACGAGUGGCUUCGGGAAUCACAACUGAACAUAAAAUUUCCAGAACUUUCAGCAACCUAUUCGACCAUAUCUCAACCUUGCAUUUCUUACGAAACAGGUGGUAAGUAUAAUGUAAAUAACAAGUCUAAUAACACUUUUGAUAUAUCAGCGGAGAGUACCCUAAAUAAGACAGAUGAAGCGUUACCUAUACAUGAAUCUUCUCACCAGUUGUUUAAAAAGUCACCAGCAAGGAGUAAUUUACAGUUCAACUUUCCUGAUGAAUCCACCUACAAGCAUUCAACAUCAUCACUUAAAUGUAGUCCAGUUAACGAUCCUAGAAUGAACUUCCUGGAUCUAAAGAAAGGAAACUAUUUGAAAGUUGAUCAUACAAUUUCUAAUUCGUUAUCUCCACCCCGCACGCGAAAAAUUGAAAAUACUUUGCAAAAUCUAAGUAUAAACUCACCAGAAAAUGUUCUUACCGAUGAAAUGUAUACGGAAAUUAUGACCAGUACAACUGAUAUGUUAAAAAUGAAGGGACUUGAUUAUUGUGAAGAUAUUUUGAAAACCCAGUUUCCUGUCACAUCAUUAGUUCCGCAUAAACCACCUUCAAUAAAAUAUUCUUUAAAAGAUCUAUCCAAUAUACCAGUAUCUAUACCACCUACUUUUCUGUCAUUCUCUUCUACUAUGGAAUUAAAAGAAUCUCACUUGUGUACUCCAACAAAUAGCAGCUUCAAUCUAAUUGAUGAUAAUCUGGAAUUUGUCAAUGAUCUGCUUCCAUCGUCUCCAAACUGACGACAGUGAUGAUUCUCUCAUUUCCAUAUGUUGUAGUUAUUCAUUUUAUUGGCCUGUUAAUGUAUAAUUUUCUUCCAUAUAAAUGGUGAUAAUGACUGUUAAGAAGUAAAUAUUAUCAUGAUACACUAUUUUCUGUAUGUACUACAUGUGAAAUUAAAAGUGAAUGAUGUUUACUACCAGAAUACUUUUUAUUUAACAGAAGUAUCAGUUAACAAUAAUAUCCUCUCAAACUUUAAUGUUACAAAAUUUGCGAAAUCUUAUUUGUAAAUUAUGAGUUUUUUGUAACAUUCAGUUUUAUCUCAUUUAAUCGAAAAUUUUAUGUCUAUUUUCCAUAACUUUAGAGUUAAGUAUACCAAUUAAUUACAACUGAUAUGGUCCACCUAGCCUAGUUUAGGUACAGGAAGCUACGUAAGAUCUUUUAUUCACGUCGCAAAUGAAUCAAACUAUCUGAUUUUAACAUUGUCAUUAUUAUAUUUUACGCUAAAUAAUACUGUCAAAUCCAGGCAACCUGAGUUUGCAAAGUACUAUACCCAUGUUAAUUGUUCAGAGCUAAUAAAUUGAUGCCUUCUGGAGAAUUUUAUUCAGUGUGAGACUUCUUUAUUCUUAGACUUAUGCAUGGAGUUACAACUCAUUGUUUAUAUCAUUCAAAUCUUAAUGUGGGUCGAUCCUCUUGAGAUAGAGGCAUGUAAAACAUUGGUUAGCCCUAUUGAAAAUAUAAAAACUUCAGGUAGGAUCAGGUUGCAUCACCUCAUGCUUUUUCAAACCAACUUCAGGCUUAUGUGAGGUUGCCUGGUAAUACCAUCCUUUUUCCCUGUUUUGCUUUGUUUGGUUUUUUCAAAGAAUGUCUGAAAUAAAUACAUAUUUGCGA